GGAGCCGAUGGACUUCCCAAAAUUUUGUUACUUUUAAAGCAGAUUAUUCCUAAUUGCCUGCUCAGUUUUUGAUUCGACAUGGGGCUACUGACACAGAUAAUUAUCCUGUGCUUUUGCACUUUUAUAUCCGAAAGCCAAGUAUUGGAAACCAAUGAUGAAUACAACAGAAACCCUGUAAGACUGCCCCGACGUUACUCGCUGUUCUCUGGAAUGUUCACACCACAUUAUCCUGGCGACUUUGACUAUGACAAUUUUUAUGACAAUUUCUUCGGAUGGCAUAAAUCAAAACCAAAUAAUGAUCAACAUCACCAUUAUCAUUACAAUGAUCACAAACCUACAACUGAAGCAACUACUACAGAACAGUUCACCGAUAGCACUACUAGUACUAAGGUUCCCGAACCAUUCCCCCAGUCGCCUGAAGAAGAUACCAUCAAAAAUAAUAAUGAAUCUCGUAAAAAAGAAAUUGAUGCAAGUUCCGAGGAAAAUGCAAAAAUAAUUGACGAAACAUCAAUAAGAGAUGAGAAUCACGAAGACAAUGAGAAACCAGAAGCAAGUGACGCGAGUGAUAAGCUUUCUAAAAGCACAGAUCAUGUUGUUGUUCCCUUAAAUACAGGACAGUUGGACACUAUUGCUCUACCUGUUGGUAAUAUGAUUGUGCCUGCAAUCAGCAUUCAACCUUUGAAUCAGGUGUCACCUGCUUUCAAUCCAGUAGCGUCAAAUAAUCCUGCGAGUAAUGGUUAUUCAGCGCCUAGUCUAGUCGUUCACAACAACGAGGCUGCAAAUGCCAACGACGAUUUUCGCCGUUCAGAGCCUCAAGCUGUUCCUUUAACUAUUCUUCAAAAUCCAGUCAACAAUAAUGAACAACCUAAUGCUUACAACUAUGCAACUAUAUCCAAUAAUGCUAUUUUAAAUAAUAUACCAAAUUCAUAUUACUUAGUAAGCAACACUCAAGGUUUACCCCUUAACAAUGGUCUUCAGACACAGACAUCUUCGCAAAUUUAUACACUGGUACCCAUUAAUAAUUUAGGUAGCAAUGUUAUCACCAACCAACCAGCCAACUUUGUUAACCAACAGUUACAUAUCAAUCAGCCGAAUAAUUACGUACCAUUGAUGAGCCAACCUAAUUACGUGACUUUGAGCAGUCAAUCGACCGAUUUUAUUCCUUUAAACAACCAAGGGAACCAAUAUGUUAGCAACCAACCAAAUAAUUUAGUCCGUUUCAACCUGCCCAACAAUGUGAUUGCUGUUAACAAUAAUCAGCGUAAUAAUAUGUUAACUGUGAGCAAUCAGCCGAAUAAUUUUGUUGUUUUGAAUAACCAACCAAAUAAUAUGGUUGCGGUUAAUAAUAAUCAGCCUAAUAAGCUGGUUGCUCUGAACUCUGCUGGUAAUAUACCAUUUAUUGUGCAAUCACAACUUGAACCAAAUAUUGUGCUGUAUUCGCUGAAAGAUAAAGAGGAAAAUUCCGACAAAAAAGAAGAGGAAACGGAAAAGAAAAUUAGUGAUAAUGACGAGACUUAUCCGAGAGAGGAAUCUAUAGAGGUAGUUGAUGCUUAA